CGCAACCCAACCUUAAUCGAUACUCGACUUUUCGUAUGAUUCCGUAUCGCGCUAACGUUUUGACAGAUGGUUCGAACGCAGCUGGAUCACAGCUAUCACUUUACUCGACCGAAACUGUUGUCAAACAAAAAGUUGAGGCGACGCUACUUUUGCUCGACCGUUUCUCAAAAGUUGUGUAGUUGAGUGUUAAAAUAAGUGGUGUUAAAUUGAGAUUUAAAGGAAACAAUGAAUUCUUACUUGGCAUUGUUGGAAAUUUCUAACGAAUUUGACGUAUCAGUGGCGCGUGCUGCAUCAAGACGUGAGAAUUUAAAUGACCGCUUUCAGAGAAAUGCCUUUAAGUUAUCUGAACGAAUGUUCAUCAAGAGAUACAGACUUUCGAAGGCAUUAGCAAGAGCCCUAAUUGAAGAAGUAAGACCCUUUAUGCCGCCAACUUUGCGAUCGGAUGCUUUGGAUGUAGAGACUAAGGUUUUGGUUGCUUUAAGUUCCUAUGCGGUAGGAGACUAUCAGACCGAAAUCGGGGACAUCCGAAGACAUUGCAUUGCACAGUCCAGUGUCUCCAAAGCUAUGAAGCAGGUUACAAAUGCCUUAAAUAAGCCAGGAAUUCUAAACAAAUAUGUUUCUUUUCCUUUUAAACUUCAAGAGAGACAGCAAAUUAAAAGAGCGUUCUACAGACGUUUCAAGAUGCCAGGUUGCUUGGCCUGCAUUGAUGGAACACAUGUGGCCAUAGUCUGUCCACAUGAACAUGAAGAGAGAUUUUAUAAUAGAAAAGGUUACCAUUCUCUAAAUGUUCAAAUAGUAUGUGAUGCAAAUUUAAAUAUUUUAAAUGUAGACUCAAGCUAUCCAGGAUCUACACAUGAUAGUGUAAUAUGGGCAAAUCACCCAUUAAAUCCCUAUUUGGAGCGGCUACAUACUGUAUCUGGAGAGGACUUAUAUCUUUUGGGUGAUUCUGGUUAUCCACUGAGGCCUAUUAUGAUGACACCUGUCUCCGAUUCAGAGCCUGAUACUCCGGAGGAUAACUAUCAAAACAUGCAUCUAACAGCUAGAAAUACAGUUGAACGAUGUAUUGGAGUUUUAAAAGGCCGCUUCAGGUGUUUACUGGGUGACCGAAAGCUACAUUAUUCACCUACAGUUGCAGCUAAAAUAACAAAUGCAUGUUGUGUUCUACAUAACAUUGCAAACAGACACAAUCUGCCAUUUCAACCUUUGACCAGUGCUGAGGCAGAGGCAGAGCGUAGACGCCAGGAAGGCGCUAGCGGUAGUAUGCCUGGAACUGGAGGUGGCGCCUCUGUUCUUAGUCAAUUAGAGCUGGGAAGUGCACGUAGAUAAGCUCUUAUUCAACUAUUGUGGUCUAACAGGGAAAUUGAUGAUUAAGUUUAAAUAAUAUACUAUGUACUUGUGU